AUGGGUCAAGGAUUCAAUGAUGGUAUAUCCUGCCACCUAGUGAUGAUAAUAAUAGUUAUGUUUGUGAAUAGUUCCUUAGCUGAACAGUUUUGUAGAUUUCAACAAGAAUACCUGACAGUGGACAAGUUUAGUGUGGAAACAUGCAAGAAAUGUCUUCAUUUUAUUCCAGAUAAGUUAUUCAGGUCCAACGCGUCUGUAAUGUCAAAGGAGACAAAAGAAGAAUUUACGCAAUAUUUUCAUCAGGCAUAUUUGGGAAAUCUUACGAAAACAGAGAAAAUAGAAAUUAUUUUGUAUGUUGAGAAAUAUUUAGAGGAUCCAGAUGAUGGUCGAUUGUUAGAGGAUUGUUGUUCAGCUGCAGAAAUAUGUUGUUUACAAACUAUAUCCAGUGAGAGUACAAGGAGUACUGAUAUCUGCCCCUCUACUUGGGAUGGAUGGCAGUGCUGGAGUGAACCAGGAGAAACAGGUAUGUUAUCCUAUGGAAGCUGUCCCAAGUAUAUCUAUUUUUUUACACACGGACGUCAGGGGACUUUCUCUUGUGACAGACAAGCUGAGAGAUUUUGUACAGAGGAGGGUUGGUUCAGACGUGGAAACUAUUCGUACGAGUGGACUAAUUACCAAACCUGUUCCAAAACUAAAGAUAUCAUAAAGUGGGAAUAUACAAGAUUGUUCUUUUACUUUCUUUCUGUCUGCCUCCUAAUACCAGCAAUCAUUAUUUUUCAACUGAAUAGUAAGUUCAAUGUUUCUCGAAUAAAGCUGCAUAAAUACUUGUUUCUCAGUCUUCUUCUCUUCAUUCUCUCAACAAUCAUUUUCAGACUUAUUUAUUUUCUGCCAUCGCUUGAUCCAGACUUUUCAGAGGAUCCAGUUAUACAGAAUACUUGGGCUUGUAAUAUUUUGACAGUUCUCACUAAAUACUUAAGAUUAUCAAACUAUGCUUGGAUUUGGAAUGAAGGUUAUUACCUUAACAGACUUUUACAGAACACCUUUGAGGAUAAAGUAGCAUUCAGCUUUCUACAUUUCGUUGGAUGGGUUGUUCCUGCAUUUCCUACAGUUGUGUACAGUAUACUGAGAAGUAGGGAGGAAGGUUUAUACUGCUGGGCCUAUCCAUCCUCCAAUAUUUGGUUUGAAUGGGUGAUAAACAUUCCUGGCUUGAUUGUAAUUCUCAGUAAUCUAUUUUUUUUCUUCAAUAUCACCAGGAUUCUUGUGUUUAAACUAAACAUACAUCAAAUUAAUGAACCAUACAAGUACAGAAAAACAUUGCGAGCUUGUGGGAUAAUUAUACCACUGUUUGGAUUACAAUGGAUACUUACAAUAUACAGAUUUGACACCGGUGAAUGCUACUUCCUUGUAAUCUACAAUGUAUUAGAUAUGCUUAUUGAUUGCUCACAGGGAACUAUUGUUGCUUUUAUAUUGUGCUACCGAACUGAAGAGGUUCAACAGUAUUUGUUAACUGUGAUACCAACAUUUACAAACAACGUUCAACAGUUAAAUGAAAGAAAUGAGUUUGAACUGAAGAAAAGGGUUCAGACUCAACAGAGCACUGAUCCAACUUCAUUUACAAAUAUGAGCAAAGAAUGAAAAAAUAAAAAU